CACACAUUGUGGUGCCGCACAGCUGGGGGGAGGAAGGGCAGGGGGAGGCCGAGGCAGGCUGGUCAGACCAGAAACGGAGCCGCCCGUGACAGAUGAAGAGAGGAGCGGGGCCUGGAAUCCGAGAGCCCCAGAGCCACAGGGAGUGGAAAUUUACAGGCGCCCUGUGCAGCGAGCGCUCCAGUGAUCACUUUCUGCUAACGUUUUCCGGUGGUGACUGUUACUCUUCAAAGACAGACAGAGAGAGAAAGUCAAGACGGGACCGUGGAAACUCCUCUCCCUGCGCCCCUUUUGGUCCGAGGAGCCCCCCUUAUUAAAUGGAAGAGAAAGCGGCCCCGUGCAAAGUGCUGUGAGCCCGGGAAGAGCUGUCUUCAGCACCUCACCAUGUGUCCUCUUGCAGCUUAGCUGAGCCUGGACAUUGCUGUGACAUUCGGUGAGAACACAGAGCCUUAAGAGGAUCACAUCCUGUUUACAAGAUCAUUCAGGGAGGAAGCAACAGUUGGCUUGCUCUGUCCGACUACCUAAUGAUUGUUUCGCAUUCUAUAUUGGAAGAAGAGAUUUCUAUAGAUGAAAAAAAUGCCUUUGUUUAGUAAAUCACACAAAAAUCCAGCAGAAAUUGUGAAAGUUCUGAAAGACAACUUGGCCAUUUUGGAAAAGCAAGACAAGAAAACAGACAAGGCUUCAGAGGAAGUGUCGAAAUCCCUGCAAGCAAUGAAAGAGAUUCUAUGUGGCACAAAUGACAAGGAGCCCCCCACAGAAGCUGUGGCCCAGCUUGCACAAGAGCUCUACAAUAGUGGGCUGCUGGUGACGCUCAUUGCUGACCUACAGCUCAUAGACUUCGAGGGAAAAAAAGAUGUGACCCAGAUAUUUAACAACAUCCUGAGAAGACAGAUAGGCACUCGGAGUCCAACUGUGGAGUACAUUAGUGCUCAUCCUCAUAUCCUGUUUAUGCUCCUCAAGGGAUAUGAAGCCCCACAGAUUGCCUUACGUUGUGGGAUUAUGCUGAGAGAAUGUAUUCGACAUGAACCACUUGCCAAAAUCAUCCUGUUUUCUAGUCAGUUCCGAGACUUCUUUAAGUAUGUGGAGUUGUCAACAUUCGAUAUCGCUUCAGAUGCCUUUGCUACUUUUAAGGAUUUGCUAACCAGACAUAAAGUGUUGGUCGCAGACUUCUUAGAACAAAACUAUGACACUAUUUUUGAAGACUAUGAGAAAUUGCUUCUGUCUGAGAAUUAUGUGACUAAGAGACAAUCCUUAAAGCUGCUGGGUGAACUGAUCCUGGACCGACACAACUUUGCCAUCAUGACAAAGUACAUCAGCAAGCCAGAGAACCUCAAACUGAUGAUGAACCUCCUUCGAGACAAAAGCCCCAACAUUCAGUUCGAAGCCUUCCAUGUCUUUAAGGUGUUCGUGGCCAGUCCUCACAAAGCGCAGCCCGUCGUGGAGAUUCUGCUCAAGAAUCAGCCCAAACUCCUCGAGUUUCUGAGCAGCUUCCAGAAGGAGAGGACGGACGAUGAGCAAUUCAGCGACGAGAAGAACUACCUGAUGCGGCAGAUCCGCGACCUGAAGAGGAGCAGCCCUUGACCGGCGCU